UCUCAGUCUCAGCUAAGCGGCUGCUUUAGUCCCCCACCAUAAGCAAAUUCACAGAUGUCUCUGCACGCGUCUCAGCCAUCAUGAGAAGGCAGUCUGCUCCUGUGUGAGCCCUGGACAGAGUGAAGCAGAAAGAGAUUCAAAGAGAAUCAGCAAGGAAAAGGGUGGGAGGGAGAGCAGGAGAAAGAAGAGGAGAAGGCGAAACACAUACAUCGUUUCUGCUCAUGAGCCCGAUCUGGUGUGUUUAAGCGCAAGAAGAGAAGAGAAAAGAGGGAGGAAAAUAAAUCCGUGGACCUUGACAUCUCUUUGUUUUAAUUUUCUCUCUCUUUUUUUAUUCAUUCAAUGAAUACUAACACAGCAGAGUAAAAGAAAGAGAUGCUUUGAAGGCUGUCUCUCUUUUGACAAGGGGCAAGAAAGAGAAACAGGGGGAUAGACGGCGUAAAGCAGGGACAAAAACUGGAUUUCUAGGAUGACUCGGAGUCGACUCGGAAGCUUGGAAUACGAGCCUCACGCUGAAGUCUCUGAAUGAGGGGCCGGGCCUGAGAAUGUAAAACCGUAGGGAGAUUUCGGAUGUCACUCAUGACGCAUCUUCCAUUGAGUUUGACCAUCUUGAGCUGCGAACAUCUCUGCUCCGCAUACAGCAGCGUCUACAGUCAAACUCGAGACAAAAGCUGGUGACAGUAUCUGACGGCACAGGGGGACAGAAGAACACUGAAGGAGGGGCUCCUGCUUGAUCGGGGCUUUUGGUGGCCUGCAAGUGCAAGCAGCCAGAGGGAGAGAAACGGGUAUUAGUGAAGUAUCAUGGAGACAGUCACAGUUAGGUAGCCCAUCGAGCAUGGAGUUUUACCUUCUCAGCCACGCAUCAACAGCACCGCAAUGAACCAGUUCUGACUGUGGAUAAUCCAGAGCCAAACAACCAAUCAUUGAGAUGCCGAAGAGAAGAGAUAUUCUUGCCAUCGUGUUGAUCGUGUUACCCUGGACUCUACUCAUCACUGUUUGGCACCAAAGCGCUAUAGCUCCACUCCUCGCUAUCCGAAAGGCCUGUCACCACCUAGUAAAAGAGAUCUUUAUCAUUCCAGAGAGGCUUGCGGUCCACCACCACCGACUCUCAGAUGAAGGCGCCGAGGGCAGGAGGGAGGCUGGUGGUCAGGACUCCAAAGAAUACUGUGCCUCAGAUAAGGACAUUGUGGAAGUGGUGAGGACAGAGUAUGUGUACACGCGGCCUCCACCCUGGUCAGAUGUGCUGCCCACGAUUCACAUCAUCACUCCCACAUACAGCCGGCCGGUGCAGAAGGCAGAGCUGACCCGUAUUGCAAACACCUUCCUCCAUGUCCCCAACUUGCACUGGAUUCUGAUAGAAGACUCGCAGAGGAGAACUCCUCUUGUCACAAGUCUCCUCCGAGAGACAGGGCUAAACUACACCCACCUCAAUGUGGAGACUCCCAAGAACUUUAAAAUACGAGGUGACACUCGUGACCCCAGGAUUCCCAGAGGAACCAUGCAGCGGAACCUGGCCCUGCGUUGGCUUAGGGAGACCUUCAAAAACAACAGCCAGCCGGGCAUCGUCUACUUUGCAGACGAUGACAACUCGUACAGCCUGGAGCUAUUUGAGGAGAUGAGGUCGACUCGGAAAGUCUCAGUGUGGCCUGUGGCCUUCGUGGGCGGCCUGCGCUACGAGUCCCCCAAGGUAAACGCAGCCGGAAAGGUCUACGGCUGGAAAGCGGUGUUCGACCCCCACCGGCCAUUUGCCAUCGACAUGGCUGGCUUCGCCAUCAACCUGAAGCUCAUCCUCUCCAAGCCACAGGCGUACUUUAAGCUCCGCGGGGUGAAGGGAGGCUACCAGGAGAGUAGCUUGCUCCGAGAACUUGUAACACUCAAUGACCUGGAGCCAAAAGCUGCCAACUGCACUAAGAUACUCGUUUGGCACACAAGGACAGAGAAACCCGUCCUUGUGAAUGAGGGGAAGAAAGGAUUCACAGAUCCAAACAUGGAGAUUUGAUUGUACUUUCCUCAAACUCUGGUGGUGGGCCUUGCAUCUGCGGUGAGGGGAAACAGUCAAGUUUCUAUAGAACUGUUCAACUGUGAUCAAGUCUUAAUUCUAAGGAAACAAAAUGGAGGAAUAUGACAUGGGUUAAAAAUAUUUUCCAAAUAUGGACCAAAAACAUGUCAACUAUAUCAUAUCAAAGCACAGCAGGCAGAGGCAGCAGUCGUUCUUCGGGUCUGAAGAGCAAAGAGGACGGAUCUCUAAUGAGGUUUACCUCCACCUUCUCCGGGGUUGGGUGGGACAGCACAAUAUGAAAAGCAUACAGCCAGCAGACUGGAACAAGCAAGCAGGUCUGAAAACUAUCCUUCCUCCGCAAAUAAUGCAAAGGAUCUGAAAGAAAUGGACCAGGAUCUGCACAUUGCACACAAAAGGAGAUUCAGGAUGUGGUACACAUCAUCAGUGCUGGAUUUAGAAAAAAAAAAAAGUUGAGUUCACUUUCAGCAAGGAAGAAAUGUUGUUUUAAUAACUACAAAUGUUUGCUGUAAUUUAAUUUAACUGGUUUAGGAGUUUUAUGAACACUUGAUCUGCUAGUUCACCUGUAUUGACUCUUCUCUUCAUGUCCUGUUGGGUUAUCAUUGUCAAUUUUACACCAUCAUUGAAACUCAUGCAUAUACAGUGGGCCACAUAGGCACGUACACUUAAAAGAGAAACUCAACCUUGGUGUUCAACUUGAGAAACAUAGUUAUCAAAAACUUAACACUCUUAGCAUUUAAAAUUAACAUGGGGUUUUCUCUUGAGGAAGGGUUUAUGCGUAGUAAACAAAUAUGAGACCAAUCGGAGGCCUGGGGGAAAAUUUUGACAAAUGCACUGAACAUUGUAUUUAUGUGUGAAUGCAAAGCUAUUAAAUUAUUGAAACUGAAAGAUAAAACUCAUUUACUGUCUGCACUCGUCUUAUAGAAUACUGGUGGAAUGUGUGAGACUUUAUUAAGAGAACAUUUAGUUUGCGGCACCUUCAAAAUGAAGAACCUUUCAUUCAAGCUCAGAUUCAUAAACGUCAACUCCUACAGAGGCCCAAAAGUGUCACAUUGAAAUUCAUUUAUUAGAUAAGAGAGGAAAAAAAAUACCCUACCAAGUACAUAAUUAAGAAAACAUGUCAUUAAUUAACUAAUGAUUUUGUGCUGCAGUGCAAAAUGAAUUUAGUUUUUCUCUUCUUUCUGCAUGCCCGUCAGUCCGCAGGCGGAGCUGACGCAGAUAUUCUGAAGAUUACUGAUUUGGUCUGAAGAAAAUUCUUUCACACACAUGGACUCUCUUUGGUUAGAUAUCUAUCUGAUUGCUGUAACAAAUGAUGAUUUUCCUGAUUUACAUGCACAACUUUCAGACCAUUAUUCUUUCAUAUAAACAAAAUAUCUCUCGCAGGGCAAAUAGAGAUUAAAACCGUGGGAACACCACCUUUAACAAAUUAAACAGUCUUUCAUGGCAGAACCUUUAUCGUUUAAUUCACUGAGUGCUCUUCUACUAUCUUACGUAGAUUAAUGCUUCAGCAGCACCACCAGGAUUAGGCUGGAUGUUUACACCUUCAGUUUUUUAAGCAGUCUCUAGAUAGGAGCCUCUCAUAAUUUUUGGGAUGUUAGGAUUUCAGAAGAUUUGCCUUGGUAUGCUUCUAUGGCUGGAAUAGAAAUGUUGGUUAAUUAAAAUAAAAAAUUAACACUCCUUAGGUUUUUUUAAAAAGGAAUCCUAUUCUUUGUAAGAUCAUGUUAUAAAGAAACUAUUCACUAAUGUGCUGAUCUGAUGCAGCUAUUUAAAAAUGUGUCAGUGAUUCUGAAAUACUGCAGCUCUUCUCAUUUUUACUGUCCAAAUUCUGGAUUCUGGUAACAUUUGAAGAUGGGACUGAGAGUGAAUGACCGAUAUUCAAAGUGUCUUUAUGAACAACAGACAAGCAAGUAAACAUUACAAAACAAAUAAAUAUUGCUACUAGUCAAAUAUGGUCUUUUGCUAAAUUAGAAUCCAUUCACCACUAAAGUCUUAUUGGUAAUCACAACGACAAUUCAGACUACUUUACAACACACCGCAGUACAUUAACAAAUGUAAUCAUAACCCAUUUAGGUAAAUUCUGUUAGAUGUCUUUAUGUAUUACUUUGUGGCACUUUUGGCCCUCCAUAUAUCUAAAUCCUAACUCUGUUAUUUUAUUUUGUCUGGGCACAUCAAAUCUGCGUCAGAUAUUGGCUAGAUGCCACUGUCUAUGAAUAUUAAAAAUAAAAAUAAAAAAUAAAAAAAAAAUCAAGUUAAAAAAGCAUAAACAUUAAUGCAUGGCCCUGAAAAUGUGAUAUAUGUUAAAAAAAAAAAUUGAAUAUUCAGCUCUGAAGUCGAUGUAGGCAAAUGAAAAGCACAAGAAAAAUAAUGUUUUUUUAUUUAUUUAUUUUUUUUUGCCUGGUUGCAAUGUGGACCCAGUAUCUUUAGUACAGCUGGUAGUAUCUGAUGCAUUAUUACGUAGCCUCAUGUCAAACAUUAACUGGACCACCGAGGAGAGUAUCUGCAGCCCUAACGAUAUACAUCAGUAGUAAUCAUGCAGUACAGCUGAUCAUUUUUACAAAGUUAUUCCACACCUCACAAUAUAAUGGAAUCUCUCCUCUGCUUGACAGAUCAUCCAUCUGCAAUACCCAGUGGUGGUCCUUAUCUAUUGCUGUCCCGCUGUAGAAACUGGAGAUAAUUUAAACACUAAGCCUCAGUGCUUUGCCUGACUUCUUCUGUGCAGCUCCCUAACCUAUGAGGCAGAAUGUAAUGUUAACUGCUGCACAAUACAAAAAGAAGAAAAACGUAACCAGAUGUUAUUCUAAAGCUCAGCAAGAGAAUCCAAGUUAUUACACAUUUUACUUGGCACCGAUUAGACACACAUGCAGAAAAAUGGCUGUAUCUCUCUAACCAUGCUGGGCUGCUUUCAUUGACCGCAUGAUAUUACCCCUGCGCAGGGAUUAGCCAUGAACAUCACCAGCUACCCUCCAGUUAUUUAUUCAGUGUCAAAAUUUAAUAUAUUUAUUUAUAUAUUUAUUUCAACUUUGGAUGUGCAAUUUAAUUACAACGGCUGCUGUUUUUCUUUUUAUCUCUCUAGAAAAGCACGCUCUCACACAGCAUACGUGGAUUAUGUAGAUCGUUAACAGGAUGGUGGCACGACGCUGAUAAUCAUGUUCCACCUGAAUGCGUUUCUUAUGAAAGAAUCCACCUGAAGUGUUUGGCCCCAAAACAAAACAAUACUUGUGUUCUGAAGUGGAAAAAUGCCAGGGUGUAUAGAAACAUAAUGACAACAGGUGUUGCUUGUUCCCCCCUGACCAAGAUUCAGGGGGAAAGUAAAUUACUGUUCUUGUUUUCUGGAUAUUGCUUUUGUCAAGGUGCAGACUGACUAAUGAUACUGCAGUGUACAGAUCAGCAUGUGGUCGGACUGGUUGAAUACGGUUAUGUGAUGUAAUUUUGUGUGUUGUGUCAUAGAGCAGCAGAACAAUUGAAAGGGCUUUGCCUUGAACAUGUUACAAAAUCUCUUCACAUCUGAUUCUUUUUUUUUAUUUUUAACAAUCACUGCAUAAAGCAAUAGUUUACUUAACCAGCCUUUCCACAGCAAACACCAACAUUCUCUAAGGCACAAUACACUUUACACAUAGUCUUUUUUUAUCAUCUCCACAUCACCUGUUCUCAUUCACUUUUUAUGCAUGUGACUCUUAAGGUUGUUUAUUUGCCACAGCAGCUCUCUCAGACAUAUGUUAGUUGAAUCAAGAUAAAUAAAUAACUGAGAAAAA